GCACAAAUGAGAAAGAAUGGACGCGCCUUGGAGAAGGCGGUCACUGCAAGAGACUACCAGGCUCUCAAAAUGCUGCUUGAUCGUGGCAUCGAUGCAAACAGUCGCAGUGGACCGGGAGAAAGUGCGCUGAUCAUGGCUUGCAAGUUGAGACGCAUUGAUCUAGUGAAGGCACUGCUGGACGCUGGAGCGGACGCCAACACCAUAGCUCUUUUCGAGUAUCAUUAUAAUGAGACAGCGCUCGGCGCAGCUGUCGUUAGUGGACACGUUGAAAUAGUACAUGCCUUAAUAAAUGCAGGGGCUGAUGUUACGACCCCAACAGCAGGGACCACCAGCAGAGACCUUCUUCAUGGAACUCCGCUGGACCUAGCAAUAUGCUGCGGUCAUGUCAGUAUAGUCGAAGUGCUCCUCAGUGCUGGAGCUGACAUCAAC